UUUAGAAGAUUCAAUAGAGACAUCAGAGAUGACUUGGCCAGAGUCAACGCUAUCAACCGUUUGGAUAACGAAGCUGAAACCAUGGAAUGGUUGAAUUCCUUCUUGGACAAGUUUUGGGUCAUCUAUAUGCCUGCCAUGUCAGAAAUGGUUUUGACCAUUGCUAAUGGUAUCUUGAAGGAUUUGGCCCCUGGUUUUGGUAUUGACAAGUUAUCUUUGGAUGAAUUUACUUUGGGUUCCAAGGCUCCUAGAAUAAACUCUGUGAGAUCGUACCCUAAGAAGGCUGAAGACCAUAUUGAAAUGGACUGGGACUUCUCCUUCACACCCAACGACACUGAUGGAAUGACCAAGGCCGAAAUCAAGAAAAAAAUCGACCCUAAGGUUGCUUUGGGUGUCACCAUCGGAAAGGCUUUUAUCUCCAAGUCUUUCCCUGUCUUGGUUGAGGAUAUGUCUAUGACGGGAAGAUUGAAAAUCAGAUUGAAGUUGAGUCAAAAUUUCCCCCACGUCAAGAUUGUCUCUGUUCAAUUCUUGGAAGCUCCAACAAUUGAAUAUGGUUUCAAGCCUAUGGGUGGUGACACUCUUGGUCUUGAUAUCAUGUCGUUCAUUCCAGGUUUGAGAACUGUCGUGAAUGGUGUUAUCCACUCGAUCCUUCGUCCUAUGUUCUACGCUCCCAAUUCGUUUGAUGUUGAUGUUGAAGAAAUGUUGGCUGCGCAAUCAAACGAUUCUAUUGGUGUAAUUGCCGUUACCGUCUUACGUUUGCAAAAGUUGAAGAAAGGUAACCCUACUAAGCCAAACAGUAUUAAUCCAUACGUUCAGCUUAAAAUUUCUAACAAUGCUAGCAUUAACGAAAAGACCACUGUUAAGAAGCUUAUCAACGAUCCUGUCUACAAUGAAACCAAGUACUUGUUGGUUAACCAAUUGGACGGUAACCACUUGAACUUCAACGUUUUCCAUCUUGUUGAAGACAAGGCUGAUGAUCAGUUGAUAGGAAGUGUAGAUUUCCAGUUGGCCGACUUGUUACAAGAAGAAGCUCACAAUAACGUGAUCAAAACCUUAACUGAAAGUGGAAAGGCUGUUGGUAAGAUUGAGUUCAACUUGAAGUACUUCCCAGUCCGUGCACCUUUGGUAUUAGAAGAUGGAACUAAGGAACCUAUUCUUGAUGCUGAAGUUGGUAUCUUGAAGUUGAACUUGCAUGAAGCUAGAGAUUUGGAUAUAUCAAGUUCAGUUCUUGGUAUUUUAAACCCCUACGCUGAGAUUUAUGUUAAUGAUGAGUUGGUUAAGAAAUGUCGUAGAUUGAGAAGAACAAACGAACCAUCUUGGGGCCAAUCACUUGAAUCUUUAAUCACUCAGCAGUCUGAAACGACCGUCCAGGUCUUGAUUAAGGACUCUGUGGAUGACACUAUUGUAGCCAAAUUGAAUUCCAACUUGCAAGAUCUAGUCUUUGAAACCAGUAGAGGUCAGGAAUGGAUUGAAACUGAUCCAGUGACAGAAGGUGGUCCAAGGCCACGUGUGAGAAUCACUGCUAACUGGAAAGCUAUCAAGAUUGAUGAUACCUCUAUUGUCAAGACUCACGAAAAUGCUCCUAUUGGUGGUUUAAGGUUACAUUUGCGUUCGGCCAAAUCCCUCAAGAACUUGGAGGCUGUUGGAUUGGUUGAUCCGUAUGUCAGAGUUUUGUUGAAUGGUAAGUUGAGAGCAAAAACAGCCACAUUCGAAAAUACACUCGAUCCUUUGUUCAAUACGGCAUACUUUUUACCAGUUGCUAACGAACAUCAACAUUACUUGCUCCAGAUCAUGGACGAAGAACCUGAAGGUAAGGACAGAUCGUUGGGUACUGCUGCCGUUCACAUUGGAGACUUCCUAAAGAGAGACCAAAAUGGGUACUUCUUACCACAUGAUGGUGCUGAUACUAUUCUUGAGCAACCAGUUAUCUUCAAUGGUCAACCUACUGGUACUAUCUAUUACUCAGUUUCCUUUAUUCCUGCCAUUCCAGUAUAUUCCUUGUCUCAGAUAAAGAACAAGGAAGCUUACUUGGAAGAAGUCAAAGAGAAAGAAGCCGCAGCAAUUGCUAAGCAAGCCGCAGACGAAAAACUCUUUAAAGAAAAGCCAAACGAAUAUGAAUGGAUUGAGGUUGAAGAAGAAGAAGUGGUCGAGCCAAAGAAGGUUCAAAUGGGUUUGGACUCUUCCAUCAAGUACAGAUCCGGAAUUGUUUCUGUUCAUUUGUUGGGUGGUUCGUUCGAAAAGUCUGAUGUCUAUGUUCACACAUUGUUUGAUGAACAAGCUUACUCUUCAGGAGUUUCUCCUAAAUCAGAAGGUAACCGUCUAUCGGUUCCAUCUUCUGGUGACGGUUUUGUUAGAGACUUACCUCUUUCUAAGUUGAUCAUCAGAAUUGCCAAAAAGGUCGAAGUUGACUUUGAAAGUGACAUCAUUGCCGAACAGAUAUUUGAUACUUUGGAUAUACUAAAGAAGUCAUAUUCUAAGCCCAUUACCUUGAGAAUCCAAGACAGAAAUCAAGUCAAGCUUCAAUUGGAAUUCAUUCCUUCCGACGUUCAAUUGAAUCCUUUGGAUACCGUAUUGGAUAUUGGUAAGGUUAAGCUUGAGGUUAUAGGUGCGGACAACUUGAAGUCUGUUGACACGAACGGAAAGUCAGAUCCAUUGUGUGUAGUGAAGUUGGACGGCAAAGAAAUCCUCAAGACAGAUAAGAAGAGAAAGACUUUGAGCCCAGUUUGGAAUGAAAGUGUUGAUUUCUCCUUGCUUUCGAGAUCCAGACAAUCAAUUGUCUUAGAAGUGUACGAUUGGGAUUACACUCACGAUGAUGAAUUGAUUGGCAAGACAGUUGUGAAUUUGUCCUCUCUUGAGCCAUCAAAGACUCAAGAGUUUUCAUCUGAAUUGGACACUCAAGGUAGGAUUAACUUGAGAGCCACUUUCAAGCCAGAGUACAUCAGACCUAAGUUGGCUGCUAAGUCAGCAUUACCAAUGGACUUGAACUUUGAUGCACCAAUGAACGUAGUUGUUGUAGGAGGUGCUGGAGCUGUCGCCGGAGGAGUCGUAGGCGGUGUAGGAGGUAUUGCUUCAGAAGGUAUUGCUAGGGGAGGUUCAUUUCUUAAAGGAUUUGGAAGACUGAAGAAGAAGCAUUCAAGCAAUGGCGACGAAACCUCUACUAUAGCAGAUGAUAGUUUUGCAAGUCAUGAUAAGAACUUCAGCGACAUCGAAUCUGAAGCUGCGCAUGACAAUGCUAGCAGACACAGCCCAAUGAGUCCCUCAAAGAAGGGAAGAGAAGUGGUUAACAAAUCGGCAGAAUUGCAAAGCUUGAGAUCUGGAGCUGCUCCAGUCUCCAAUUCUCUUCAACACUCACAGGUUGACGGCAUAGCCAGACCUCCAAUUCCUGGACAUCUCAGAACUCCUAGCGCUGCUUCAGAUGCUGCCAGUAUCGCAAGUAGCUUUGCUCCCGGAGCUAUUCCAGGAAGGCUUACAAUCGUCUCAGCAUCCAAUCUUAACACCAAAGAUCCAGUGGAAGUCAAGGUAGUAUUGAAGCAACCCACCAAACAAAAGGACUUGUUCAAGACCAGAAACACCAAGGGCGACAAAAGCGCCAAUACAUUCAAGUGGAACGAAAGCGUACCAUUUAAGUCCGUUACCGAAGGUGAGCUUAUUUUCGACAUUAGAGAACACCACACCUUUGGAAAGAAUGUGUCGUUGGGUCAGGCUACUGUGAAGUUGUCUGAUGUCAUCGGCAGACCUGACAAUUUGGAAUUGAAUGUUGGUAGUGGACAAUUGGUUGUAAACGUUAGAUACAACUGA